AAUAUCUCAUUCAGUUUUUGAGUCUUGCUAAAUUCAUACGUUUUCAUUCGUUUCGUUUUCUAUAGUUAUUUGAAUAAAAAUAUCAAAAUUUUUCAAAAAAAAAAAAACAGUAUUAAAAUUUUGUCCGAGUCCGUAUUGCUUCUUUUUGUUCUCCCAUUUUGUGUGAACCAUCUAGAAGAAAGUAAAGUAAAAACGGUGGCCCUGUGAAAAUUGUUUUGAUAUAUGAGAACAGUACGAUAACGAAUUCAGAAAAAAACAUUACGAAAAGAAAGAGGAAGUAGUGAAACAGGCGCCAAACCCACAGUUACCAAUCAAGAAGCCAAAAUGACUGAGAACAUUGUUUGUCACAAGUGCCAAGAGGCCAUCACCAAGCGAAUGAUCACCGCCCUGGGCAAGACGUGGCAUCCGGAGCAUUUCCUGUGCCGUCACUGCGAUGAGCAGAUCCUGGACGCCACCUUCAAUGUUCAGAGCGGAGAGCCGGUGUGCAACAAGUGCUUCGUGGAGCGGUACACCUACACCUGUGCCGGUUGCAAGAAGCCGAUUCUUGAAAAAACGAUCUGCGCCAUGGGGGAGAGCUGGCACGAGGAUUGCUUUUGUUGCGGCGGUGCCUGCAAGAAGCCGCUGGCCAAUCAAACCUUCUAUGAGCGCGACGGCAAGCCCUAUUGCAAACAGGAUUACGAGGACCUCUUCGCUGCCAGGUGCGCCAAGUGUGAGAAGCCUAUAACGGACUCGGCGGUGCUCGCCAUGAAUGUGAAGUGGCAUCGCGAUUGCUUCCGGUGCAACAAGUGCGAGAAUCCUAUAACCUCGCAGACCUUCACCAUAGACGGGGACAAGCCCGUGUGCCCCGCCUGCAAUUGCUAACAUAGUCCGAGAUCACCAUGGUGCAUCCUUGCUCUUCCCCCAUAUUGUUAAUUUGCUUCCUUACACUAAAGUUGAAAUAGUUCCCGAUGCUUAGUAAGCCUAGAGGCAUUCAUGAAAUCAGA